AUGCCUCCAACUCCCCUAAUACUAGAAAAAUAUGAUAACAUAUUAAAAAAAAUUCAUUGGGUCUUAGUUGAUUACGUAGCAAAGGAUGCCGCGUCAGCUUAUGUUGCUAUAUUGUUUAUAGAUUUAGCUAGGCAUUGGCCUAAGUUGAUGCUAAAAUGGAGAGAAGUUGAACAAGAUAUGGAAGGAUAUCGAUUUCCAAAGGGCCUUAAUAGAAAAAUUAUUUUAUUAUUGAUAAGUUUUACGAGCAUGUUUUUAGUUGAGUUUGGCUUGCAUCAAGCUUCCAGAAUAUACAGGGUUAUUGAAUGUCAAACAGAUCAAGAUAAAGCAGUAGAUUUCUUUUUUGGAAACUUAACAUUAUCACACAUAUUUGAUCAUAUACCAUAUAAUAUACCAACAAGUUUAAUGUUUCAGUAUUGGUUUUUGCAAAUAGAUUUUGGAUUUACUUACACUGAUUUAUUCGUGAUGGUCAUAAGUAUAUCAUUAGCAAGUAGAAUGACUCAAGUUUGCAAUAAAAUCAAAUUAGCUUGUCAAAAACAAAUUUCCAAUGAACAAACCUGGAUUAACUUACGAAGAGACUAUUUGAGACUAGAAAGUUUAUGUCAUUUAGUCAACGAUCAAAUUUCAAAUAUAAUUUUAGUUUCAUUUCUACCUAAUAUUUUCACUAUACUUACAAGGGUGUAUAAUUCUUUGAAACCAAAACAAAAUUACUUAGAAGACAUUUAUUUUUAUUUUUCUUUGGCAUUUUUAAUAUCCAGAACAGUUACGGUAUGUAUUUGUGCUGCUUUAGUCCAUGAGGAGAGCAGAAAACCUUUGAACAUUUUAAAUUCUGUACCACAUAAUGUUUAUAAUAAUGAGAUUGAAGUGUUUAUAAAUCAACUUUUACAUAUCGAAAUUUCAAUGAAUGGAAAGCACUUUUUUAAUAUUAAACGACAACUGAUUCUUAAAAUUGCUGGAGCUAUGGUUACGUAUGAGUUGGUUUUAAUCCAAUUCAACCAGGAAAACUUGCAGUCUUGGUCUCGAUCUACAAGAUGCGCAUGA